GCCGACGACGUCCCAUUCAAAUAUUCGCACACCUCAGCGCGCCGCGUCGUGGCCUCCCCAGAAACAGCCCCAGACUUUAUUAACCCGAGCCCGAAACCCCAAAACCAAAGCCCAGUCUCCAUUUUAACAAAAAAAAAAAAAAAAAAACGCGGAAAAUACAAAAUUUAAGAAGCGCAAGAAAACGCCAAAAGCCCAAAGUUUAAAACACCCCGAAAAAAGUUACACCACUAACACCGAUUGGUUUUUUUUUUUUUGCUGUGCGAGCAAUACAAAGAAAGAAAGAGUGUGUUCUCUAAAAAAAGGAAACAAAAGUAAAACAAAAAGAAGGAAGAAAGGAAAUCAAUGCAAAGAUGUGCCACAAUUCGGCUAUUAUGGAGAAAAACAACGACGAGCAGCAGAUCGAACGGUACAUGGCUUGCGGUAUGCCCUCAAAAGCAGUGCGCAGCGUCAAGUACACGCUGAAGAAACGCGAGAAGAAGCUUCAGCAAAAGAAGGAGGCGGAAGAGCAGCAGCAGCAGCAGCAGCAGCAACAGAGGAGCCAACAACAGUUACUGGAGGACCUCGAACUGAGCAGCAGCAGCAGUAGCAGCAGCGACGCAACCAGUGACAGCGAGGAUAGCGGCGCCGAUGUUGCUCCUGUGACCAAAACUGUUACCGUUUCGGAGGUCACCUUUAAAGAACAAAUCAACGCUGAGACAGCCGUCAAAAGGGCCAGCUUCAAUAGCAACAUAAACAGUGAACUUCUCAAAUUCUGCCCGCACUACCGUAAAAUGCAACAGCAGCAGCAGCAGGAACAAAUGAUGAAAGAGCAACAGAAAGAGGAAGCGGAGAGCGGCGAGAUAACGGAACUGUCAGCAGCCGCUCUGAAAGCGCAGCAGCAGCGCAAGCUCAGCUCGAUGGAGCCCUCAAUGGACGAUGCUCUGGCCAUAGGCACCCAAAUGACCCGCCAGGUGUCCGAGCGGAUCACCUGUCUGGUGGCCCAGUUGCAAGCCAGUCGUUUAUACGCAAUUCUGACGCGUACAACACAACCAGCACACUUGAUAGCCGUUGGCAUAUUGGCCUUUGUGCUGAUGACUGUGGGACGCGAUCUCAUCGACCCAACGACAACUACUGUGACAUCAGCAACAGCAACAACAACAACAGAAGCAACAGCAACACCUGCAACAGCAAGACCAUCGACUAUACCAGCGGCAUUGGUCUAUCUAGGCGCCUUUGCCACCCACUUUGGGUCGCAGAUCUGGAUGACAUUUGUGUCUGGUCUCUCGCUAUAUUUCUCCCUGCCACGUCACGUAUUCGGACAGUGCCAGCAGAUACUAUUCCCGCGGUACUUCGCCCUCAAUGCAAUGCUCAGCUUAAUAAUGCUGGUCGUGUAUGCCAAAUACUUUUUGAGCGGAUGGACGACGGCGGCUGGUAUCCAAAUGGGAUCCCAUGCACUGGCCACCGGCAUUGAGGUGGUGGUGCGACUGUAUCUGGUACCACCGAUGCUGCAACUUAUGCACGAGAAGUACAGGAUCGAGGAUGCGAUUGGGAGUGGCCAGGAGGUUGGCAGUUUGGUUCAGGGCGAUCUUGUCGAUUGUCCACAUUACCAGCGUAUACACAAGGGAUUCCGGCGCAUUCACAUGACCAUUGCCAUUGGCAAUAUGACCGUCAUGCUGACAACGUGUCUGCAAUUGUAUUUUCUAGCAUCGAAAAUACAUUUCAGCUAAGGCACUCAGCUAGGCGGAUAGCUAAGAAUUUAAUUGAGAACAGGGGUGCCCAAGAAAAUAAGCCAUCUCUAUACGAAUUUUGGAAUCAAUUGUUAAUUUGUCAAUUUUUGAAAUCGGAAAGUGACUUCUCUCUGGGCAUUCCUUAUAGAAUAGGUCAACAUCAUCAUCACCAUGGCACAUAAAUCACAAUACCAACCGUAUAUUUCAAUGUUCAGUGCUUUUCUCAAAAAUAGUAAUAUUGAACAAUUGAUUAUAUUUAAAUAAACAAAAAAAACAACGAAAGUUCGCACAGCAAAUAUUACAUUUCAAUAUUUACAUCAUCUGCUACGAUUUUCCAAUCUGAUUUCCUGUGAUAAACUCAGCCCGCCUCCCACCCCACUCCACCACUCUCAACCGCCAACCGCAGCAGCACAUUUAGUCUAUAGUCGAUAGCCAAUAAUUUACACAGAUUAAUUAAUUAAUAGCCUAAUUAAUAAUUAAUUAUAUUGUUUUUUUUUAUAUAACUCAAAUUCAGUACGUGUUUUUUCUGUUAUUUAUUAAUUUAUCGAAACUAUGUAUUUAUGAUAUAUUUAAAUUAAAACAAGAAACGUCAAUGAAAAGAAAACAAAACAAAAAA